CUUCAAGCAGCAUCAGUAACUGCAGUAUGCAAACCAGCUCCCCUCUCUCUUCCUGAUGACAGGAUUGCAGUCAAAUCCCCCACCCUCGAAUUUAAGAUAUCAAAAAUAAACCUAAACGACAUAACCUACUGCCAUGGAAAUCUUGUCAUUUAAAGGCCAAGAUGAUUACGAUCGUUUGAGGCCACUCUCAUACCAGAAUGCCAACCUGGUGUUAGUUUGUUAUGAUGUGACCAACCCCACCAGUUUUGAAAAUGUCUUAAUCAAGUGGUACCCGGAAGUGAACCACUUCUGUCGCGAUGUUCCUGUCAUUCUGAUUGGCUGUAAGACUGACCUGAGGAAGGAUAAGGAGCGUACCAGGAGGCUAAAAGCCAUGGACCAGGCUCCCAUCACUUACACACAGGGUGAGGAGACCAGGCGGCAUAUGAGUGCUGAGCUUUAUCUAGAGUGUUCAGCCAAAUACCGGGAGAACGUAGAGGACAUUUUCAGAGAUGCCACCAAAAAAGCCCUGGCAUCAAGCCGCAGAGCAAGACAACGUACGAAGAAGAGGCAUUGUGUCAUCCUGUGACCUCGUUCUAGUGAAAGGACAGAGGUUUGAAGUCCAUUGACACAACAGGGGACACUGUCCUCUGGUCUUACAUGCCAAAGCUACACAUUCUGCUGCUUGUCUAUUAUAAACAACUGCUUGCCACAUCCUGGGUCAUCCUAAUUCAAUUUCAAGAAGAGCCUGUUCUAUCCCCAACCAAUUCAUGCCUUUGGGAUCUGAACAAUGAUAUUGAACACUGAACUAAUAUCUACUAAGAUCUGCUAGGAUAGAGAUGGAAUUCCUGCUAGUUCUAUGGCACAAGCUCUAUCCUGGGAUUCUAGAGUGGUUUUGUUAAUUACUAGCUACGUUAGACCAGGGUGUAAAUUGGCAUAUAAAAGCAGAUUGAGAUUGUACUUCAUAUACCUUUUUUCAAAUAUCCUUUUAUCAAUUACUGAAUUUCUAUUUUUACUUUUAUAAAGAACUUAUGCCUA